UUAUCGCUCCGGUAUGUCGCGGUCGGGAUUACCUAUAUCAGCGCGCACUCGGGCGCGUAUAGGGGGGCCCGGUCUGAUGGAGAGCGACUCGGAAGGCGAGGGUCAGCCGGUCGAUACCUUUGACCGAGGGCGCGAGACGUUUCCCCCUCAGGUGAGUGUUACAGCUACCUCACAUGCGGGAGUGAGAGGUUUUGGGUCUGCUACCGAAAGGUAUGUUCAGGUGGGCGUGAAGGCAGGCCUGAGCGGUAGGGAUCUGCUAGAUUUCGUGAGGGAGGAGUGUGAAAGAGAUAGGCAGGAGAGGGAAAGGGAAAGAGAUAGGCAGGAAGGGAAAGGAAAAGAGAUAUGCAGGAGAGGAGAGAUGAGCGAAACUAUGAGCUAGAGAUGGCCAAACUUAGAAGCGAGGGAGCGAGCCAACAGAAGGCAGUGGCUGAGUUCGAGGGGAUCAAAUUUAAGAUGCCUUUCUUCGAGGAUGAAGAAGAUUUAGAGGCAUACUUACGUUACUUUGCAGGACCUCUUCCUCCUAGAGCAAUUGCUCGAUAGCCUGUCUGUAGAGAUGGCCACGUUCGUCCGCGAGCGCACUCCUGAGAAUGUUGAAGAAGCGGCAACGCUAGCACAGCAAUUUACCGAGGCAAGGCACUCAACUGAGCAGCACGCCACAUCCCAGCAUUUAGCCAAGUACCAUGUCGUAACCCAGCAACAGAUGUGGACUGAAGGUCCGAGGGAGGCGGCAGUGCCCACUCGGGCCCUUGGUCAGAAUCGGGGAAGACUGCAAUGCUAUCAUUGCGGCCAAGAGGGUCACAUGAGGAAGGACUGUCCACGGUGGAAGGCUACUGGAACGCCGACAACAGAAGAAGCCGUCAUACGGACGAUCAACAUCAUCGAUGAAGGGAAGCUAGCGUUGUGUACAGAGUGCACCCAAAGUGUGAAGACGGCCAGUUUCAGAAAGGCCGUUCGAGUGAACAACCCCCCGGCCACUGCGCUGCGAAACACGGGGGCAGACAUGUUGUGCAUCCGAGGCGACCUCAUCCCUGACCCAUGCUUCACGGGUCGUAAACAGCGGAUACGCUAUGCGAACACAGGAUCGACGUACGCCCCACUGGCCUUAGUCUACUCAGAAUCCCCCUAUUACCGUGGAAAAGAAGAGGCAGCGCUCAUCCCCAGGCUUGUGGAGGAAGUGAUCAUCGGUAACACACUCAGGACCGAGCUGGGCGAAAAGCUGCAGGUGCCGGUGUACAAAGAGACAGGCCUGACGAUAGGUGGAGCGGACGCGCUAGUCACCGCGCUGUCAUCAGGUGGAAUGGGUAACCGUGGGGACGGGUUAGGGGUCAAGGUGACGUGA